AUGUUUUUUCUUUACACGCCGGCAGUGUUUGUGAUAUUCGGGUGUUUAGUGUAUUAUCAUUUCACAAGAACUUUUAAAUAUUGGCAAUCGAAAAAUGUGUCCGGCCCACAACCAUUGCCAUUCUUUGGUAAUAUAAAAAACUACGUUCUUAGAAAAUCGCUUACUGCAGAAAUACUUAAAGAAAUAUAUGAUGAAUAUCCAAAUGAAAAAGUUGUUGGUAUUUAUAGAAUGACCACGCCCAGUUUGUUAAUAAGAGACCUGGAUUUGGUGAAGACGAUUUGUGUUAAAGAUUUUGAUAAUUUUGAAGAUCGCGGCAUGGAAUUGAGUAAAAAAGGCUUAGGUGCUAAUCUUUUUCACGCUGAAUCAGACAUCUGGCGGCCCCUUAGAAGUUUAUUUUCACCUUUAUUUACAACAGGUAAAUUGAAAAGUAUGGUCCAUUUAGUCAGUGAAAGAGGUGACAUAUUUGUUAAGCACAUCAAACAAAUUACGGAAGUAAAAAAAGAUCACGAGGUAUACUCACUCGCGCAAAAAUUUACAAUGACAUCUAUUUUUGCAUGUAUUUUUGGACUUAACAUUAGCUCUGAUAGUGACUUGCUCGUAGAGAAAAUGACUAGAAUUAAUGAAUUAUCAAUAACAAGGACUUUUGCCCAAGAUUUAGAUUUAUUAUAUCCUGGUAUACUAAAGAGAUUUAACUUUUCUUUUUACAUUGAAGAACUUGGUAACUUUUUUGUUAAUCUAGUAAGGGACAGCAUGCAAGCAAAAAAUGGUGUACCUUCUAACAGAAAAGACUUCAUAGAUUUAAUUUUGGAAAUAAAAAAUCAGGGCGAUAUUUUGGAAACAACUAAAACGGAAGAAACCGUAAAAUUAAUUGAUUCUGUAAAAUUGACUGAUGAAGUGAUAGCUGCUCAAGCGUUUAUAUUUUAUGCAGCUGGGUACGAAACCAGUGCGACUACUGUGGCAUUUAUGUUGUACGAACUAGCAAUGAAUCCAGGAAUACAGGAUAAGCUAAUUUCCGAGCUUGAUGAAGUACUCGACCGACACGAUGGAAACAUAACGUAUGAAAUUAUUAAUGAAUUGACUUAUAUGGAAAAAGUUUUUAACGAGACUCUUCGAAAAUACCCAGUAACAGAUAUACAACGACGGGCCAAAGCAAACUAUAAUAUACCAGGGACGAGCGUCACUAUUGAGAAAGGGACAAUCGUGUUAAUACCAACAUUGGCUAUAAGUCACGAUGAGAAGUAUUUUCCAGAUCCAAGCAAAUUUGAUCCAGAGAGAUUUUCUCCAGAAAAUGAGAGUAAAAGACAUCCUUGUGCUUUUAUACCUUUUGGUACAGGCCCUCGAUUCUGCAUUGGUAUGCUUUUUGCAAAAAUCCAGAGUCGCGUGUGUGUGAUGAAGCUGUUGUACCAUUUCCGCGUGGAGGUUUGCAAGAACACGCCGAAAACCCUCUCAUUUGAUCCACAGCAUGUGGUGCCUGCUCCAAAGGGAGGGAUUUAUUUAAAUAUUAUUCCAAGAAAAUGAAAAAUCAUUAUGUAAUCCGUUCAAGUUAUACGCAAGCAGAUUUUGUACAAUUAUUUUACCACCCAUUCUCCUUGUAUGCGGAGCUCUUAUCUCCCCUGCCAAACUUACGUAAUCAUUGUUGAUGCUUUUUUCUCUAUAUCUCUAUAUACUGCUGACGUUAUCACCAUCUAUACUACCCUACGCCCCAUGUCAUAAAGCUGAAUAGUUUGUUGUUUGUUCGUUUGUUUGGUUGCACGCGCUAAUCUCAGGAACUACUGGUCCGAUUUGAAAAAUUCUUUCAGUGUUAUAUAGCCCAAUUAUGGAGGAAGGCUGUAGGCUAUAUAUUAUCACCAUGUUUCUACGGGAACGGGAACCACGCGGGUGAAACCACGCGGCAUCAUUUAGUCACAAAUAAUCAAAGCAAAGACACUCAACCUACAGUGCUUACGUAUUACUUGAAAGGCCCCUAAACGUAGGCGUCCACUGAUCCGCAUCGUACGUAUUCGACUCAUCGUAUCAAACGGAUUUUAGUAUUCUUUGUAUAAAAAAUCAUACAAGUUCGUCCACUGAUCCGCAUCGCACGGAUCGCAUCAAACGGAUUUUAUAUACGUACGUAAAUUAAAAAUACGUUUGAUGCGAUGAGUCCGAUACGUACGAUGCAAAUCUGUGGACGCCUGCCAUUAGUCGCAUCAUACG